UUUUUCUCUAAAGUUUUUUUUUUUUUUGUGGCAAACAUCUCUCUCUCUCUAAAGUAAACAUAGCAAAAAAAGCAAGAAAUUAGAGGUGGCUAUGAGGCACAUUUGUUUACCUAAGUGGGUUCUACUUUCCCGCCUGAAUGUUAUGUUUACAUUAUGAUUUUUUUUUAAUUUUUAUUUAAAUUCAUAAUCUAAAUACAAUUUAAAUGAUUUUACGGUGGUGCUUGGUAAGUGGUUUUGGCGCUAAAAUAGUCAUAAAAAAUAAAAUAGAUUAUUUUAGCCAUAACAAACAAAACAUCACAUCUAACCUAUAAUCAUUACACUAUUUUCUCACAAAAAAAGUCAAAAAAGCCAAAAUGCCCUUCCCGAACUAAACUUUUUAGCCCAAGCUAAAAUAGUCAAAAAAAAGUCAAAAAGUCAAAAAGCCAAUCCACUACCCAAACGGAGGCGACAGAUUGCAAAAGGAUGGGAGGAAACAGCCGGAGAAAGUGUCAAAUGGAAAAGAAACAUAAAGAGUGUGAAGAGGGAGACCGAAGAAGAAGAGGAAUGAAGAUUGAUUCAAGAAACUAGAAAGAGAAAAUGAAGCUGGCAAGAGUAUUCAUCAAAUCCACUGCUGCUGUAUACUUCUCCUUGCUUGGAUUGCUAGUUGGUUUCAUUCAAAUUAGUCAGGGUGCAGCUGAGUCCCCAUUCAAAAUCCACCCCAUGAGCAUGCUAGCUUCCUUGAUGUCAGCAUGCAUCUACAGCUUGGCCCUUGUGUUGAAAGAAUUUGUUGAACUUGAAGGCCAGCAAAUUAUCAGUGAAAACUAUGCUCGAAUCUUUUUCUAUGUUACUCUGAUCGUUGCAGGUCUCGCACCGGCCUCGCUUGUCUCCGUCUUGGUCCCAGAUUGGCUCAUUUGGCUUCCAUAUGGCAUCUGGUUCAUUUUCUCUGUCAUUGUUGUUCGCUUAAAGGCAUGGGACUUGUUCACAGGCUUCCUCCCAGCCCAGAUUGCUGGUCCUGAUAAUGAAAAUUAAAUGGAAUUAAUAUGUAGUGUGUAUGUAUGUAUGUUUAAUAAUGAGCUACAUGUUUAAUAGUGUGUUAGAUUAAAGGAGUGUGGAGUUUGUUAUGCUAGGUUUGUGAUACCUGCUUUUCAAUUUCUGUGUGAGUUUGUUAUGCUUAAUUUGUAUGACACAUGCAUUUCUUUAAUGUUAUGAACUUUUGUGAGAUAUAUAUAUAUAUAUA